GCAGGGUCGCUCCGGCCGGGACAGGGUCGCCCCUGCCGGGAUAGUGUCUGCCCCGCGCCUCCCCUCAGGGAGCCGAGGGGGAAAGCUGCUUCUACUCUCCAUCCUGGAGAAGGCUCCGGGGAGACCUUGUAGCGCCUACUGGUGUCUAGAACCUAGAAGAACAUUUUAUAGCACAGGAAAAAAAAUCAAACCAACCCCCAAGAAAUGUGAGAUACGAUUUCCAGAGAAAUUUCACAAUUUCAGGUCUGGUGAAGUGGGCAAGCGCGCAGGUGGAAGUGGAGCAGGCCACACACUGAGCUCAUGGAAUCAUGGAAUGGAGUGGUUUGGAAGGAACCUGAAAUUCCAUCCCUUUCCACCCCCCACCAUAGGCAGGGAUACCUCCUAUGAGAGCAGGUUGCUCAGAGCCCCAUCCGACCUGGUUUUGAACACUUCCAGGUAUGGGACAGCCACAGCUUCUCUGGGCAACCUCUGCCAGUGCCUCACCACCCUCAGGGUGAAAAGUUUUUUCCUAUUAUCGAAUUUAAACCUACCCUCUUUCAGUUUAAAUCCAUUCACUUUUGUCCUAUCACUAUAUGCCCUUGUAAAAGUCCCUCUCCAGCUCUCCUGUAGCCCCCUUCAGGUACUGGAAGGUGCUCUAAGGUCUCUAUGGAGCCUUCUCUGGGUUGAAUAAUCCCAGCCCUCUCAGCCUGCCUUUGUAGGAGGUGCUCCUGUCCUUUAAGCAUCUUCAUGGUCUCCUCUGGACUCACUCCAACAGCUCCACGUCUUUCUUGUUCUGGGGGCCCCGGACUCCACACUCUGAGUGGGGUCUCAAGAGGGCAGAGUAGAGGGGGAGAAUCACCUUCAUUGCCCUGCUGGCCAAACCUCUUUUGACAGGUAGCUCUGAAAUAAAUUAAUAAAUUAAUGGUAGUAAUAUGAAUGUUUCAUAGCCCCUUGUCUCCACAUGCUCCACACACUCAUAUGUUGUGAAUUGGAAAAAACCCAACCCCAAGACCUAGGAAGUUUAAGUUAAUGAGUCUAUGACAGAGCUGGGAUGAGACCAAUUCCCAGAUACCCAUAAAGACAUCCUAUCUUUUAAGGGGUUCAUUGCUUCUAGACUACAGGCCAGGAGCACUGUACACAGGUCCCUGCUCUCCACCUCUUCUCUACCCUUUAUGUUAGUGUUCCCUCCACAGCCAUUUGAUACCCAGAAUUGCCAACCAUCCUCAUCCUUCUGUGCCUUCAUCCUUUGCCCCUGACUGGCAGGACAGACCUCAAUGAGCAGCAGGCAUAUGAGGAAGUAGAUGAUUAUGGUAAUGAUGAAAACUUAACUGUUCAAAGGGAGUCAGGGACCACUUGCCUUCAAUGGUUUGCACCCCUACCAGCAAUCUCAUGGAUGAAGCAGCAGUGAUGUCUUAGAACAGCAACCCACUGUAAAACCAACUAAAAAUAAUUAGGACAUUGCAAGGUUCACUCUGGUGUUACAUUGAUCAAAACCUUGGUUAUCUGGUGACUUUUAUGUUUAAAAGGAAUUAAUGUCCCAGCUGCCAAGAAGCCACUAUCUGCUCCAUUUGCCAGUCCUGAUCCUGCCUCUCCACCUUUAACUCCUUGUAUUCCUGGGUAUUCAGACUCUGUGGAUUACUUAUGGCCCUGCAUGCAUAGCUGCUGUCCUGCUCCCUGCCAUUUUAUUCACCCACAAUUGUUUUGCUCUGCCAAAUCCUUGAUUCACUUUUCAGAAGUGCCUGUUCAGCAGAGAGCAGCAUCUGGUUGUACAUGUGCUAUCUGCCUUCUCCCAGCUCAUCCCACAAAAAGAGAAAAGUCCUGGUCAUCUGCAGUCACUGAGACAUUUCAAGACAGAAUGUCAUCAUUUACCUAGAAGAUGCAUUGUAGAUAAUCUGUGAUUUUAAAUUUGCUGUAACAAUUAUGCUAGUUAGAAAAUGACAUAAAAAUUCUCAGUUCAGAGCGGUUCAGAUUCACUGCUGGAAUAAAGAAAUCCUACUGUUGUUGAAGGAAGUUACUUGUUUUACCUUUAAACACACUCUCCUCUCUAGGGCUGUGUUGGUGGGAAAGUUGUUUGGCAUGAGUGUCUCAGAGUUUUUGUUCCAUCCUGCCUUUUCUGGAACAACUCUCCCUGUGGACAACUUACUUCAGAACAGGAUUUCACAGUGGAAUAAUUAUAAUCACUUUCUUUUAAAUUAAGUUUUACUGAUGUAGGUGCAGCAGAGUAGAUCUACCAUGUAGGUGAAGCCUCAGUGUAUGCUUGCAGCUCUUGCACUUCUAGGAUAAAAAUUUGUUUGGUUGGUUUUCUCACUGAUUUCCUAAGAUGUUUGUACUCUUGAUUCUUGCCAGGUUUUUCAAAAUUAAGACGGCCUUGCUCUGGUUUGAUUAUCUUAUUCUGUAGUGUAAAAUAGGUAAUAUUUAGUGAUCUCAGCAUUGUAGUCUUGACAUUCUUCAGUGUGAUGACUUUUGCCUAGCUACAAAAUAAUUUUCCCUCUCUCGCAAGAAUAACAUCGAGCUUUUGUCAUUUGUUUUUGUUCUUCCUCUGUCUAGACAGGCUCUUUAGCUAAGUGGUGUGAUUUUGUUUAUCUCUAAUUUCAACAUCAGAGUCACAUUUCCCUCCUCCCUACUUCUUGUAAAUAGGGUUUUGUUUACCACUGUCUGUUCUUUUGGUGACAAAAGCCACAUACUGUCAUUAGUUCACAAACGUUUAAUUAUGUUGCUAGAGCAGAUGGGAAACCACCCUCAGGACCUAGGGAGCAGGUCAAUAGACUCUGAAAUCCUUCCGUCUUUCUUUCAUUUUGCUUUCUCCAUAUCUACUUCAACAGCUCUUUAGCACCAGGUUGAACAAGUGUGCAAGGUAUUUACACUUCCACGUGUGACUCUUCCCUUACUUUAUUAAAUGAUUAUUCUUAAGCCAUUAUUAUGGCUGAAGAACUCCCUAGUCACUUUAGUUUGAUUUAUCACAGCAGGACAUCCCUUGAUGGGUGAACUCCCAACAGGACUUCAAUAGUCUCUGGAGGUGAGUAGCAGGUGGCCUGAGCUUUGCCAUGCGUGGCAACUCCCGCCGUGGUUUCUUCUCUCUGAAGAAACUCAUCAGCCCAGCUUGCUGUUCCUUACUUAUCUGCCUAUUCAAAUACACCUUAAUGGAUUUAAUUCAGGCUUCCAGCCUGGCAGCCCUUUGCUAUCUUUUAAUCUUCACCUUCAUUUGGCAAUCUGUUUACGAGCCUCAAUACUCCACAGGACGCAGUGUGGGCAUUAUGGGAUUUUCCUUUGUAAGGUCUGAGCAUUAAAAUGUUUAUAAUAAAAACAAACAGAAAAAUCUAGACAGAUACACAGAUUUAAAUAUCAUAGUACAAAUCAGCAAGCAGCAAGCCUUGAUUUAAAUUCACAAUUUAUCCUUCUUUUCUCUCUAUUCUUUUAAUUGUUUUUGUCAUGCUGCUUCUCAUUCAUAGGUAAUAUGUUGACUUUCAAGGUAGAAAUAUCCUUGCAUUAAAGUUGGAAUGUAUUUUCAUUAAUCAAUACAGCAGAUUAUUAUACAAUGUAUUUAACCAAAUACAUCUAAUGGUAUUUGAUAGAAAUUUUCUUUUCUUUUCCUUUCCUUUUUAUGUCAGAUAGGAAAUGGUGAAUGUAGCAUUGGUAUUGAUGCUUGAGCAUGAUUCAUUUUUCUUGUCAUCUUCAUCAAGUUAUACUUGGAUGAAAACUGGAUUUUAUUAAAACACACAGGAAACUGCAGUCUAAAAUAGCAAUGCUGAAAAGUAUGGGAGGAAAAAGUAGGCUUAUUGCAACAUACUUUGCAUAACUUGAUUUAUGAAGUGGUGAACCCAUGAGCUUCCUCAUCACUCGCCUCUGGGCAAGGUGAGGUUUUAAACCUUGGGUUUUUUUGGAGUAGUCGCAGGUGUGGAGAAUCCCUUGCUGAUGUAUAGGAUUGUUAGGUUAUUGUUAGCUUGUCGCAAUGCAACCGCUGUUAGUGUGACACAGUUUGCUACAAAAGCAGGGCAAGGUGGCCUGCAACAUGAGUGACUUCAUUGUUACCUGAAUGUACACAUUAUCUUAAUGCUUAUCCGUGCAUUAACCCCCUGUGUAUAGAAGCUGAAGGGACUUAAUGCAUAGGUGGCACAGCACUAACCAUAAUUAAGUCAGCUUGCUGAGAGAAAGAGGGAGAUGGAGAAACCAUCUGGCACAAUCUGGUUUGUCCCACUGAAGAGGAGGGCACCUGGCCACAUGAGCUAUUGGAUUUAUCAGGCACCAGGUGUGCUUGUUACCAGUAUGAAAUAUCAAACCAUUCAGAGCUUGUAAAGUUUUCCCAUUUCCAGGUACAACACACAUUGGUUUUACUGAACAACUCCAGUGUCCUCGAGAGCCUCUCUGCUCCACAGGUGUCCUCAUUGUACACAGUGACUCCUUUUGCAACAGUACUAAGGUGAGCCCUGGACAAAAUUUAGUAUCCUUGCCUCAGGUUCUGCUUUCCCUGGAACACAAAGGUGAGUAGUUGUUUGUGCAGGAGCCACAAAAUGCUCCAGGAGAUCUUGCAGUCUAAACCAUUGGUGGGUCAAUUAACUGGGUUUGCUGCAGCCUUUGAUUGAGACUAAAUAUUUGUGAAGCAAGAUCUGAAAUCCUGGUUUUAAUCCAAAUGGGUCAGAAGAAGAACACUAGUUUUUCCCUUUUUUAUUUUUGUGUUCCAAACACCACUCAGUUUGACAGCUUUGAAGAAACUACUCAUGGUUGAUCUGCUGUGUCCACACUCUUUGCAAAGAGUCCAGGGAGAUUCCCAGCUUUUAGACAUAAAAACCCUGUUCCAAGGCCUUGGUGACAACACUUCCUGGUUUACUGGCUUGAUUUCCCUUAAAAUGUCAGCAUCAAACACACUGCUUGAUAAUUUAUAAAUUUAUAGAUUAAAUAGUUUUUUCAAGGACUUUCAUAAUGAACAGUCAUUUUUUUUCUUCUGUUGGGCAGGAAUUCCCCCUUUCCACUUCUGGAUUUACAGAUGAAAAGAAUUCAGUGUUCAAACUGUGGGGUUUUCAAAGAGCUGACAAGGUCUGAGUUACAAUUCCCACAGCAGCAGUGACUUGACUCCUUUGCAGACAGAGCAGGAGAGCACGGGGGGCCACUAAUGACAGCAGGAUGAUCCUGGUGAGCCCAAGCAGGGGGUCAGGUGCCAGGGAUGCAGGGCAAGUGGCUGGGGUGACUUGGUGUCAGGAUGCAAAGUGACUUACACAGGAAGAUGUGAAGAGCUGUGGCCAUAGCAAACAGCCACGACCAAGGGCAGUGAGGCCUUUUCCAGCAAGGAAGCUCCUGAACCUGAUGGAGCAUGACUUUAGUAAAACACAACUGGAAAUUGUGGGGACCAGCAGCAUCCAACCAGUUCCAAGUGCAUGACUGCUGCUUGAGGCACACCACAGACAUGUGGAUCCUUGCUUUCUGGCACCUCCACUUUGGGGAAGCAGAGUUGCUUCUGUUCAUUCCUUAGUGUGUGAUUACCCAUUGGACAUAUUAUCACCAUACAUUCUGAUAUUCCCAUUCCUGUCCCUCCCUGUCCACUCUUUCCUCCCUCUAUCUGUAGUAUUUUAUUUCCUCCCCCCAUUCAUCCUUUUGCAUACUUCCUUUCCUGUGGUUUUGUUUUUUUUUUUUUUACUCUCUCUAAAUCACUUUUGUUUCUGUUUCAUCUUUCUCCUUUCAAAGGUAUGCAAAGGAUAUAAAGGUAUUUCCUCACAUCUCUUCUAGUUGGACUUGGCAUGUUUGACAUGGCCUGAUGACUGUGGCCUAAUCUGUGUAAAAAGGGAAAGUAAUGUAGUCACUGCAAACUGAGCGGCUUAGACACAGGUGAUCUAUGGAUCAAUGGAGAACUUUCUUCCUUGUAACAGAUGGCAAGAGGGACAUGCCUUGUUUUACUAAGAUACUUUAAGUACAGUAAUCAUUAGAGUUAGUAGAGGUGAUUAGAGUUUUGUUGAUAGAAGCUGUGCUUGGCUGGUGCCUUUGAAAAUCAGCUUAUUUAUUUUCAUGUCUAAAUACAGACUUGAAAAUUUUGGCCAAGGCAGUUUGCUCAAGGUCAUAGUCCUGACUCAGGGACAGAACUGGGAAGAGAGCCCAGAUGUUUUCAGCUCUCCUUUCCUACUGAUAUUAUGUACAGUUUCAGUAAAGCAGAUGUUUAUAUUUAGAUUCACUGAAUUAGUUGUUUAUAUAUUCAGUUAUAUAUUAGAUAGUGAUAGAGUGAGUGGUCAGAAUUAAUCAGGGAGAAGAGCAGGUCCUGUAAAGUGGUAUGGUUUUUGGAAUGAGAUAAAGUCAAGGACAGAAGAAAGGAUCAGUGUUACAUGGGAGCACCUAGGCAAACUUUUCCUGCCUUCACAACAUGGUGCACCUUUUCUUUUACACCCUGUCUGGGUCAGCUCCUGGGGCUGUACAGGCACAGCUAAGAGAGUAGAUGCUGUAUGCAGAGCCCUGGUGUGAGCAGAACUGAGGUUUAAGGCCCCAAAUUGCCAACUGGUCAGGGCGACAGUGAGCCAGGGUUAUUGUAAAUUCUUUGCACCAUAGUUCCUGCGAAGAUUACAAGAGUUUCAUACAUCAGUGUAAGAACUUGAACUUAUUAUUCAAAUUAUCAUAGUGAGAAUAUUUCUCAAUGGACAUGGAAUUGUGUUAAGGAACCACUUCCACUUAGGAAACAAGACCACUGUGUUCUGUCAUUGCUGUGGUUUCUAGCUCAGUUUCAAGGCAACCCAAGCAACAGUAUAUUUUCAUGUUCUGUUAUGAAUCACAGGAUUUUCUCAUUCACAGCAAAUGUUCAACAGUUUACCAGCCUGGAAACACGGUGAAGACCAGAGUUAAGCUUUCCUACCAUAAGGAACUGAAAACAAAUCAAACAGUGAAGCCUCCAAAGAGUUUUACGAGACAGUUUUCCAAAACUGCUUCAUGUAAUGAUUUUCAGAUUCCUCCCAUUGGAUUUGCAGAAACUGAACUUCCUUGAAAACAUUGUUUUCCUGUACUCUGCUUCCUAGGUUUUCCAAUAGAGCUGGUCAAAAUGAUCAAGCACUUCAAAUUUAUUCUCAGCUUAUCUAUGCCUCUGCUCAAAUUGUAGUAAUUAUUUCUAGCUUUGCUGUUACAAGUCAAAAUAUUCCUUGCUCUAUUUUAAAAUCAGAGCACCCAAGUUUUGCUCAGUGAGAAAUGGACUCUAAAUUCCUUCUCAUACCUUUGAAAAAUCUUCUCCAUGUGUAUGAUUUUUUCAAAAGACCCUGGAUUCUGCACUGGCAACUGCUGAAGCUAAGAGCCAUGCUGCAUAGAUAAAAUAAAUUUUAGUACACAUGUCUUUAGUUAUUCAGCCUGGAAAGCUGACAGAUGCCAGCUUCAAAUUCAUGGCAUUUCCUGCAGAAUCACAUGUCAAAGCCAAAAUCAAGGUUCAGAAAUGCGUUUGGUUGCUAUGUGGAAAUGUUUGCCAUUCCUGGAUUAAUGGUUUUGAAUAAGCAAAUGGUAAGGCCUUUAAGACCAUCCUCAGAAGAGACAUCAGCAUUCUGAAGACAAAGAAAAUCUUCCUGCAAAAGUUCAGUGAAAUGCUUAUAGCCUCUUUCUGUUUAAAACUAAUGAGCAUCAAACACCAGGAUGAGGGAGUUUAGUCUGAUCCAGAUCAUGAUUUCCAAGAUGGUUUUGUAACUCUUGAAACUCCCAGCUUCCUGGAAGCCUCUCAGACAUGUUCUCCCUGUAUGAGCCCAGCUUGCCCAGAGCUCAGACAGCCAGGCCUGGUGUUGUUGCUGGACCCAUUCCGAGCUCUACCUCACCAUUCUUUUGAUCACAGCACUAAUGUGCUGUUAACAUCAAGGACAAAUGCCAUGUACAAAUAAUUAUUUUUGAAACUGAAUACAUCUAAGUUCCAUGGUGUAAAGCCCACAGACAUGCAAUACACCCAGAGUCACUUCAACAGCAGAGUUGACAGAUGGAAAACAACCACACCUGUUUGGUUCAGGGCCAGUCCCUGCAGAGGAAUAGAGGCCCCACCACCAGCACAGGCCAUGACAACCGGGAAAGAAGCUAAAGAUUCCUGUGAAAUCACACUUUAAGAUUCAGAAGGCUCUGACUUUAUGGAAAAACAGAGCAAAAAUCUACCCAGAGCUGUAUUCCCAUCUCGUGGAUGAAGGUGUUAAACCGGCAUGUGUCUACCAAGAGGGGAGUGAUCCUUUUAAGUCCUUUGCUUCAUCCCCACUUGUGAAAUUUGUUGUGCCAGUGGGACGAGGCUGGCUAUAAAACCCCAGCACUGCGGACAUCCCUCCAGCUCGGGCAGCCUGCCAGCACAUCUCUGCCGAGAGCAGCCCCAGGGAGAUCCCCCCUUCAUCUCUGCCCGGCAGGGAACUGCUUCGCUGACGGGGGAGGAUGGACCUGAGGUGUGCCUGGAUGCUCUGCGUGCUCUGCCUCGUCCUCACGGUGCAAGCGUUUACCCAGGAAGGGUUCAAGGAGGUGGUGCUGAAGCAGCUGGGGCUGUCCGAGGUCCCUAAACUUCAUAAGAGAGACUUGGUGGAUGUGGUUAUCCCAGACCACGUGAAGAACAAGUACAUGUCCAUGCUGAAGCGGCAGAGGGUGAAGCGCCGAGCUUUGCCGAGCCUGGCUGGCAUCCUCAGAGGGAUCCCGGGACACACAGGUAUGACAGGAGAAGUCCUCUACUCUGACACAACCUCACGCCAGAAGCUGAUGUUUGACAUGGAGGGCAGAAUACCUAAAAACAGUGAAGUCACAAUGGCUGAACUGAAACUCUUCAAAAAGCCUCUGGACAGAGCAAACCUUCCUGCCAAGCAGUCUCACAGGCCUGUCUCCAACGCCAGAGUCAGUGUAUACUGGGUGCAGCAGCAUCAUGAUGGUACCAACAGGACCUCCCUGAUAGAUUCCAGGCUGGUUGCUAUUCAUGAUUCGGGCUGGAAGAGCUUUGAUGUGACCCAGGCCGUGCAUUACUGGCUGCGAAACAAGAGGCGGGAGCCGAUGUUCCUGGAGGUGUGGAUCGAAGGGGAAAGGAUGGGCAGCUAUGCCUCGGAAAUGGCCAAAGCCGUGCGCUUCACCUCGCAGGACCCCAAGGAUAAAGCCCUAGGCAAGCCUGAGCUGGUGCUUUACACUCUCAACUUGGAUGACUAUGGGAGCCCUGGGGACUGCAGGGAGGAGUCGGCGAUGGGGAAAUCCACCUGCUGCCGGCAGAAACACUACAUCAGCUUCCGCGAGCUGCCGUGGGCUCAGCACUGGAUCCUGGAGCCGGCGGGGUUCCAGGCGUUCCGCUGCUCCGGGAGCUGCCUGCAGCCGCCCCGCGCCCUGCGCCGCCUCGGCUCCGGGCAGCGCUCCUGCGCCGUGGCCGGCAGCUCCGCGCUGCCCAUCAUCUACCUCGUCAAGAGGGGUAACCGCACCGAGAUUGAGGCGGCCGAGUUCCCCAACAUGAUCGUGGAGCGGUGCAGCUGCGUGACGGACGGCGUGGCGCUGGUGUGACGAGUGGGUGGCCUGGGGUGUCAUCCAUUCCCACCGGCCCUGCCAAGAGCCACCCCGGCCCCCGGCCCCGGGGCCAGUGAUGAAGGUCCCUGCAAGGGAGUUCCUGCCUGCAAGGGUCAGCAGCACUGGGGCCCUGCUGGCCUGCAGAGAGAGUGCACUUAGAGGCACUGUCCGUCUAGAUGGGCUCAGAGGAACAUGCAUGUCACAUAUGGGAGGAGUGCCUAAGGAGCCUAGUGCUUCUUGAGGUCCCCUUGGUGCCAGCUAAAUUUCACUGAAUUUAUUUCAGCCCCCACCCUGGAGUAUUGCAAACAGCUCCAGGCAAAAGAAGAGUGCCCAUCACCAGGUGAAGAAGAAAUGUGUGGGCUCGGCUUUUCAUUCUUAGGCUGCUGGGUCUGGUCCUUGUCUGUGCAAGCUGUGUUUUUAGUGAGCUGCAGAGCGGAAGCACUUACAUGUAUAUAAUCUGUACAUGCACACAAGUACAGAGAGUAUGAAUAAAUGUGUUAUUGUCUACAUGCUGAGUAUCUACAUAUUGAUUACAGACAUAUAUAUAGGUACAUCAAAUAUUGCCUAGAAUUUAUGUGCAUAUGUAUUGCAAGUACAUAUACAUAUCUACAUGUACAUAAAAUAUUAUCUGAAACUCAAAGAUUUAUAUUUUUUGCCUCUGCACCACGGGAUUAACAGUUUUAAGCAGAAUUUAGAAUCCUGGAAUCAACUGGAAUAUUAGGACUUAGGUUUGCUUCCAUGAGUAACAGUUUGUUUUUCUGAUUCUGUAUUACAGUUAUUUCAAUUUAGGGAUAUUUUUCAAGAUGUGUGUGCUUUCAAAAUCAAGGAAACAAUAAAACACAAGUAUUAAAGUU